AUGGGUCUCUUCUCGAGAAAAAGCAAAGCUGCCUCUUCCAACGCCGAAGCUCUCUCUGCCCACGGCUCCUCCAAGAACUCACACUCCAACAUGCAGCGCGCCAACAGCAGUACCUCGCAGAAUGCCCCUGUGCCACAGAUCCCGCUGCCAAAGGCUCCUGAUCCGAACAUCGACCCGGCCGCUUAUCUGCGCAGCAUCUAUGCCGUGAGGGAGCGAAGCAAGCUUGUGCUGGAGAAGGCGAAGAGGAAUCAGCUGCGUCAUUUCAAUGUCGACAUGUCCAAAUUCUCCGACACGGCGCAGUAUGUGGUAUCGAUCAUCAAGCGAGAUUUCGCCCCGAAUUACCAUGAGAUCCCACCUCACGGCAGAUGGCAGCAUUUCGAGAUUGGCGGCCGACCCAGAGUAGACCAGCUCAUGCAAACCUGGCCAAGCACCGUCGACAGUCAAGAACGAACCCGGCGACUGAUCGAUCUCUUCCUCGUGUCUGUCCUUCUAGAUGCUGGCGCGGGCACGAAAUGGCAGUACAAGUCGAAAGAAAGCGGCAAGGUCUUCAGACGGAGCGAGGGCUUGGCAGUCGCGAGUUUGGAGAUGUUUAAGACCGGUCUCUUUUCAAGCAACGAAGAGCAGCCAUUUCAAGUCGACAGCGAGGGAUUGAAAAAGCUCACGACCGAGAAGAUGGCCAAGGGCCUGCAAGUGACUGACGACAACCCAAUCGAUGGCCUUGAAGGACGAACGAGCCUACUCAUCAGACUUGGGGACGCUCUGACGAACCGCGAGAUCUUUGGCCUUGAAGCCCGACCUGGCAACAUGCUCGACUAUCUUCUCGCACAUCCGUCUACACAAGCGACUUCGAUACCGAUCAUCCCUCUUCCCACCUUCUGGGACACGCUCAUGAACGGACUUGUGACUAUCUGGCCAGCGACACGAACUCAAAUCGAUGGAGUGCCACUUGGGGAUGCCUGGCCGUGCGGAUCCAUGCCGUCUCAUCCGAAUAGCCCUUGGGAGAACAUUGUGCCAUUCCACAAGCUCACGCAAUGGCUCACAUACUCACUCAUGGUCCCUAUGCAGAAGCUUGCGAAUGUUCACUUUGUCGGCGUGGAACUCAUGACCGGUCUACCUGAGUAUCGAAAUGGUGGUUUGCUUGUCGACACUGGACUCCUGACACUGAAACCGGACGAUGCUAAGAGGGGCUUGGAACAGUAUCAGAUGAAUGCGACGAGACAGGGACAGCCCAAUGUGGAAGUUGUGCCUCUUUUCACCGCCGACGACGAUGUGAUUGUUGAGUGGAGAGCAUGUACUGUGGGAUUCCUUGACGAGCUGCUUGCUGAAGUCAACACAUUGCUGGGACUUUCUGGAGAUGAUAAGCUGAGCUUGGCCCAAAUGCUGGAGGCAGGAUCGUGGAAGGGCGGACGAGAAAUCGCCGAAGUCUCCAGACCAAACACCAAAGAGCCGCCCAUCAUGAUCUUAUCCGACGGCACAGUAUUCUAG